UUGUACACCUAGGUCAGUCGUAGUGCGACAGUUAAUCCGGAAAGUGCAAUUUCUUUGAAAUGUUGUUCACAAUUUUAGCUAUCGGUGCAGUUCUAUGCCUCGCUAGUGUCUGGUCCCUGGUUCAGAAGCGGAGCAGUUUUGCGAAAAGCAUUUCCGUGGCUGAACCGUGGUACCCGUUAGUUGGAAAUGGUCUGCUGUUUGUCGGAAAGGACGAUACUGUUAAAUUUCACAAUAUGAAAAACAUGUUCGACAGAAGCAAUAAACUGUUUCGGUUUUAUUUGGGACCGAAAAUGUUGUUUGGCACAAGUGAUCCGGACAUGGCCCAGCAAAUCCUUACCGACCCCAAUUGCAUGGAUAAACCAUAUUUGUACGACUACUUUAUGCUGGGCCAAGGAGUUUUUGGAGCAAAAACGAAAGUUUGGCGCGGUCAGCGAAAAGCCUUGAAUCCAGCAUUUAACACAAAAAUCUUGGAGAGUUUUAUGACAAUAUUCGGCGACAUAACCAGGAAUAUGAUACAACGAUUGGAGACAAUUGCAAAAGGGGAAACGAUCAACUUUAUGGAACAUGUUUCAAGGUGUACGUUGGAGAUGGUUUGCGCAACAACGCUUGGGUUUAAUGCAACAAAGCUCAACGAAAUUGAAAAAUUGGGCUAUUAUAUUGAACGGACUUUUGACAUAGCAGCAAGACGUAUGCUUAACUUUCACCUCCAGCUGGAUUGUAUUUAUCGUUGGUCAAAGGAUUAUCGUGACGAACGAGCUCUUCGUGGACACUUAGAGAGUUAUGGAAUGCAGAUUUAUGACGAUGCCAAUGAUCGAUACGCUAAGGGUUUAUUUCAAAGCGAUACCACUGAGCUUGAUGAGAACGAAGGUUUCCGGAAACCACAAAUUUUUGUCAACCAGCUAUUCGCGAGUACCAGCAGAAAGUUCGAGCGUGAUGAAAUCAUCCAAAAUAUUUUCACAAUAGUCGGCGCAGGGACGGACACCUCUGCCACUGCUAUUUCUUUUACUUUGUUGCAGUUGGCGAUGUAUCCGGAACAUCAGCAAAAGUUGUACGAAGAAGUCAUGAAGAUUUUCCCAGAACCUGAGCCUCACAUUACCAUGGAAGCAUUGAAGAAACUUCAAUACACAGAGAUGGUGCUGAACGAGUGUCUUAGAUUGUACCCGGUGGUGCCCAUCGUGGUGCGCGAAAAUACUGCUGAUAUCACGCUUUGUGGACUCAGGAUACCGAAAGGAAAUAAUUUCACAGUGCACAUUUAUAACAUUCAACGACGGAAAGAUAUAUGGGGACCAAAUGCUGAUUCUUUCGACCCCGAACGAUUCUCACCCGAACGAUCAGCUGGAAGGCAUCCGUUUGCGUUUCUGGUUUUCAGUGGAGGAUCUCGGAACUGUUUGGGAAUUAGAUACGCAAUGAUCAGCAUGAAGAUAAUGAUGAUUUAUUUGGCGAAAAAUUUCAGGUUCAAAACUAAUAUACGCGAGGAAGACAUUCGGUUCCGAUUCGAAUCAAUGCUGCGUAUAAAAGGAGGUCAUAUGAUCCAGUUAGAGAAAAGACUAUAAGAAGAUGUUUUAUUGUACGCAAAAUUCAAAAAUUUCAGAUGUUCAAUAGAGCAGUGAUUUGAUUCAUUCUUAUACAACAACUUUGGGCAAUAUUUUUUUCAUUCUAUCUUCUACUGUCCGGCAGUGCGUUAUGUAAAAAAAACAUGUCUAUUUACAUCUACUUAUCGAUAGCUUUAAUAACCAUAAAUAGGAACAUGUUUAACCCGGAGAUAGAAGGUGAUAGCUCUAUUGUGCAUUCAAAGACCCUUACCUUACAGCAUAAUGCUCAGACUUUUUUGAGAUGCUCAGGUUUGUCAGCACAAUAAGUCCUACAUGAAUACAUAAGAUAUUAGAACAAGAUUCAUACUUAUUAUAACCGCGGUAAAAGCGACCCCAUAUUGAAGCCAAUUCUAAACAAUUAUUUGAUAAUAAAUAAAUAUUAGGUUGGAACAUU